AUGGACCCCUCAUCACCGCCGCCGCCAGCCUACUCAGAAAAGCCUCCAAUACCUCCCCGAAAGCCAGUCAACUCCUCAACCUCAGCUAUUUACGAAACACCACCCUCAGCUGCGUCUUCUUCAACAUCAACUCCUGGACCAUACAUGCAUACUCUUUCUUCUGGACCAUGGCUUGGCCCAGAUCCACGAUCUUCGUCUACACAGUCUCUUCUACCCGACACUUCUCGAGAUAACCAGGCUGCAUCCCCUGCUGAUUACUCAGGUCGGCGCAAGCUUCUGAUCAUCUACAUUCAUGGAUUCUUAGGAAACGACCAGUCUUUUCGAUCGUUUCCUGCCCAUGUUCAUGCUCUUCUGGCCAACCUCCUCGCCGACUCUCAUGUCAUUCAUUCUAAGAUUUAUCCGCGCUACAAGACUUAUCGCUCAGUAGGCGUCGCACGAGAUAACUUCAGCGAAUGGCUUCUUCCCCAUGAGUCACCAAACACUGAUGUUGUUCUUGUUGGGCAUUCGAUGGGAGGUAUCCUGGCCGCCGAUGUUGUACUUAUGCCCAACCCAAGCCCAUAUGGUUUAUAUCCGUUCAAGCACCGAAUUAUAGGACAUGUAUCUCUGGAUUGUCCAUUCAUUGGCCUUCAUCCGGGUAUCGUUGUGUCUGGUAUAUCUAGUUUAUUCAAACCCGCACCUACACCACCACAAGAUAACAACCAGAAAACCCUCAGUGGCACAGCUCCUAAUAGUCCUGAGGCGUCAAUCUCUGGUGACCCAAGUGUCUCAUCACUAUAUCUUACCAACUCUCAAAGCACUGAUCCCGGAUCAUCCACAAGUCUUCCUUCAAUUGCAUCCUCAUCUCAGCCGCAACGCGAUCCUUUCUCUAACCAGCCGUACUUCAACCAACCUUUCUUCAACGACUCGGGCUUGCAAGAACGCCCCUUUGUACAACGUAUGUUUCACUUCGCCAACAAGUAUCGUUCCGAGGGAUUGAUACAGGCUGCCGCUAAACACAUAUUCUCCUACCUGGAGUUUGGCAGCUGCCUUGCUGACCCGGCAGGACUUGAAUCCCGGUAUCGCAAGAUACGUGCCCUGGAAGAUAUUGAUGAUCUUCAAAUAGGAGAGAUGAACCAGGGCUCAAAUCGGAAUUUGGCAAGAGUACGCUUCGUCAACUACUACACACUGUGCACGGGGCGCCCAAAAUCACCUAAGGCAAGCCCCGAUGUUAGUAGCCCCCAGCUUAGUGCGGCCAACACAACUUCUCCCGAGACGAGAUAUACCCAAUCGAACAGUUCAGCAUCUUCGUCUUCUGUGGAAUUGGACUUUUCAUCAAAUAAAAUCAACGUCGAGGAACAGAGCCAACCGCAUACCCGACAGGAGAGUCCUUUGCCUAUCAUCACCUUAGAGCAUCGUGAUACCCUGGGAAACUCCAAGGAUCACAAAACUUUGCUAGAUUCAGAUGUAAAAACUCCACGGUCUCGAGCAUCGGAUACUACAAUAAAAGACAGUUCAGUCGAUGAAUAUGAAACUUUGGCCUCUGACAUCAGCCGGUUCUCCAUGCACAGCAUUGAUCCCACGCCAAUUGACGAGGACUCUCCAGCUCAUCCUCUGCCGGAUACUGCUACCGACACCUUCCAGGACGAAGCGCCUAUUGACACCAAGGAAACGAACAAUUCAGUACCAGGAAAGGAAGACACGGAUCUGCCUCCUCUCCCUGAUCCCCCAACAACCCCUGAUAUGCCCGACCCCAGUAUGUAUACGGAAAAAGAUGAGCGCAAGCAAGUCGAACGUGAGGCCAAGCGUAUUAGACGUGCCCACGAGAACGCCCUGAAAGACCAUGCCAAGGCAGUACGGGAGCGUGAGAAACUCAUCGAAAAGCGUCAGAAGCGUUCCCACAAGGAGGCAGAGAAAGCCCUGAAAGAGGCUGCUCGACAGGAAAAGGAAGCUCUCAAGGAAUCGCAACGGAAAGAUAAAGAAUUGCAAAAAGAACAGCAACGCCUUAUCAAGGAAGCUUCUGAGCACGAAAACGAGGCUCAGAAGGUGCAAGAACAUGAAGACACCCAGCGGACCAAAAAUCUUGAAAACCAAUACGAACCUGAAGCCGAAGCCGAAGCCAUCACCGAGGCUCGUGGCCUUAAGUCAUCAAAACCCCGGAAACUCCGAAAAUUCUGCAAUCUGCCUACAAAGGGUGGCAGAAUAGAUGAUCCAACAUGGGUCGACAUCUACAUGGCAGACGUGGACGAAGUCGGCGCACACUGUGGUCUUUUCUUCGCGGGGCAACAUUACGAGAAGCUCGUUGGAGAUGUUGGCAACCGAAUCAUGGGGUGGGUGCAAGAUGACAUGACCAAAAGGACAAUUCAAGACAUGGAAACGGGAACAUUUAAGUGA